UACACACUCACGGAUAUACCUACCACCGCUUCACAGUGCUGCUAGACCAGUGUACAUUUAUCAAUUGAAUUCAUCCUACAUUAGUUCAAAUUGUGUUUUUGAAGGUGUGAUUACAUUUGGUUUAUACAUGAGGUGAUUAACAUUUGGGUUUGCAACUGAACAUAGUGGGGAUUUUUGUUUUGGACGAAGAUUUUGUAGAAAAAUACCUUUCAAGAUGAAUAAAUACCUCAAAUUCUUAUUCUACAGAGUUGUAAAAGAUUUAAAGCAGAAAGAGCUUUUACCAUUGAAAUUAUUGUUCUUUAUGCAUUCAUCCACCAUCCUUGUUUUGUAUCCUUAUUUGACGAUCCAUAUGAGAGAACUCGGUAUAAAUGUAGAAGAAACAGCUAUAAUGUCUGCUGUAACCCCAGCAGUUGCAAUUCUUAUGCCUCCAAUUGCAGGAAUGAUAGCUGACAAAAUAGGAAAUUUCAGAAUAUUACUAGCAGCAUUCUCAGGUAUAGGUGGUGCUUCGGCUUUGUUACUUUUGUUAGUUCCUGUUGGAAGAAUUACAGUAACAUACCCGGAUCGUCUAAUUUUUGGAUUAUAUUGUGAAACAAAUUACACUCCGGGAGUUUCCUUGUAUCAAGAAUAUCCAUGUACUCCAAUUGAUAUGGAGAAGCAGAUGGAUAUUGAACUGCAAGUGGAAUCAUGUGGAUUUGCUUGUCAAGCGGUUUUAAGUGAUAACUACACUGAAGCAAUUAUGAAUACAAAAAGAUACGAUGUACAAAUUUAUGACAUUACAAAAAAUUCGACAUUGAUUUACACAUAUUCACUUACUAAGGAGUACAGAUUCGAGUCUGCACCAGUAACUGAAGCUAAAAGCAAAAAGAUAUUGAAUAAUGACAAAUAUAGUACCUCCAUAAGAAAGUUGUCUAAGAGUUCUUUCUAUUUUCCCGCAGUUUCUAUGUACAACUUUUCCUGUGAUUUGGAAGAGGAAGCUACAGUUAGUUGUGUUUUAGGUAGUAGUGAUCAAUUUAAUUUCGAGAGGAUGAAAAAUCCUUGGAAAGCAGGAAUAAAAUAUAUUUCACCUGAUAAUAAUAUAGAGGAAAAUAUACAGAUUUACAACAUUGAAUCUGUGAAUUCCAAGAAAGAAAAAAAUAUUACCUGCUUAGAAAAUACAGGAAUGGUAGGCAAACAUAUCUCUGUAACAAUUCCAAUAAAUUUCAAUGAAUCUACUAUUAGACAUCUGGAUCUGGGUAGCUGUGUACACAGAUGUUUAGCUACAUCUAGAAGACAGAACGUCUGUUCUAACCAAAAAACUACUAUAGAACUAAACAUGAAUGUAACAUUUUGGUCCUAUCUUUGUAUUCGAGUUUUUGUUGGAAUUAUCAGUGGUACAUCUUUUGCCAUGUUUGAAGGUGCGGUGAUAGCAUUAUUGCGAGAACACAAGGCUGAUUAUGGUCUUCAGAGAAUAUAUGCAACUAUCGGAGGAAUGAUAAGUUCACCGGUAUCUGGAUGGAUGAUAGACUAUGCUAGCAAAGGCAAAGGCUAUACUGACUUCAGACCUGUGUUUUUUUUAUAUGCUGCUUUGAAGAUAAUUAGUGGAGUUUUGAUGCUUUUCAUUAAUCUAGAAUUCAAGAAAGCAGCCUCCAGUGUUAUUGCCGAAGUAGUGGAAAUACUCAAGAAAAUUGAACUAAUUGCUUUGUUUCUAUCCUGUGUUGUUUUAGGUUGUGCUUGGGGCUUUAUAGAAAGUUUCCUAUUUUGGCUUCUGGAUGAUCUUGGCGGCUCUAAAUCUUUAAUGGGUUUAACAGUAACAGUAGGUGGCGUAGUUGGAAUACCUUUACUCAUUCUAUCUGGACCGAUUAUCAAGAAAAUAGGACAUGCAAAUGUCAUUUUUAUUGGAUUUAUUUUUUACGCUAUACGAAUGACUGGAUACUCUUUGAUAUACAAUCCUUGGUUAUGUUUGAUUUUCGAGGCUAUGGAAUCUGUUACUUUUGGUUUAAGCUUCACCGCUGCUGUCACAUAUGCUGCCAAGUUGUCUACAGUUACCACUGACACUAGCAUUCAGGGAAUGCUGGGCGGACUCUAUUAUGGAGUUGGUAAAGGCAUUGGCAGUUUAAUAGGUGGUUACCUUAUAAAGAUGAUUGGAAUUCGAUACACUUUUCAAAUGUUCGCUAUAUCUACCGGGUUUAUUGGAUUGAUCUAUUUGAGCUUUUAUCACUGCCAUAUGAAAAAACAUCCAUCACAAGGCACUGAAAUAACCCUCAAAGACAAGCCAAGAAAUGAGUUUGAUACCAUGAGUUUGAAAAUAAAGUCUGAAAUAGCUGAUAUUCAAGCUAAUUUUCCGGUUGUUUAUGAAGACGCCAUAUGUAAUCCUGCUUAUGAAACCACCGAAGUAGAGGAUGAAGAUAACGAAAUCAAAAACGACUCAAACGAACCACAUAUGAAUGGUACAGUUUAAACC